AUGGCCGAAUAUAAAGUAACUUACGAGUCGGAAUUGGACGCUUUCCAUCCUUCUUUUCGCUAUGACCAACGAGACCCAAAGGAGGAUUGGAAAACUUCGGCGCUUCGAGGUCCAUCGUUGCCGGUCCUCGGAAACGCUGUGGCGGGAGCUCUCGGCUCAGCAAUCGCGAAUGUGAUCGUCUACCCACUUAACGUGAUUGUCGCCCGUCUCCAGACCCAGGAGAAGAAAGAUCCAUCGGACAAAGAUUCUCCCAAUGAGCCCGAGUACAAAGAUAUCGUCGAUGCAGCGAAAAAAAUCUACGAGCAAUAUGGUUUGGCAGGUUUCUAUCCCGGCUUGGCUCAGGACACCUGCAAGUCGAUCGUCGAUUCCUUCCUAUUCUUCCUUGCCUACAACAUGCUUCGACAAAGGCGCAUUGUUGCCCGCGUGGGACCAGCCCGGGCGGCCAAGAGCAAAAAUAUCAUGCUUCCUAUCUGGGAUGAACUUGCAGUGGGCAUGGUUGCCGGUGCUUUCUCGAAACUCUUCACCACGCCUCUGUCCAAUAUUGUCACUCGCAAACAGACCGCCGCGCGAAAGAGUAGGAAGGGAGAGAAAGAUCCUAGUACUGCAGAUAUCGCCGCACAAAUCCGCGCUGAAAAGGGACUCGGCGGAUUCUGGUCAGGAUACUCUGCAGCUUUGAUUUUGACUCUCAACCCGUCCAUUACAUUCUUCCUGAACGAAGCGCUGAAGACCGCUCUUAUCCCGCGAGCGAAGCGUCAACGGCCUUCACCUGCUCUUACUUUCCUCAUCGCUGCCCUGAGCAAGUCAACGGCUUCGACCAUCACCUAUCCCUUCUCCUUGGCCAAGACACGAGCGCAGGCGCUCGGGAACUCGCAAAAGGCCGCCACACAAGGUUCAGGUUCGGAUGCGAUUAUGGCUGCCUUUACACCAAAGAUAUUCUCGGCCGUAGCAACGAUUUACCGAAAAGAGGGCGUUUCGGCUCUCUACGCCGGUCUCCCCGGUGAAGUCCUGAAGAGCUUUUUCUCCCAUGGCUUCACGAUGCUGGCCAAGGAUGCAGUCUAUGCAUCAAUCGUCAAAUUCUAUUACCUUUUGCUCAUUGUGGCGCGUCGCUAUCCAUCUCCCGAGGAGUUGUUGGCCCGCGCACGCGAACAGGCGGAAGAAUAUGGGGAGAUUGUUCGCGAGGGCGCCCGAGAAUACGCGGAACAGACGCGUGAGGGGGCCGAGGAUGCCUUGAAGAAUCAGUCUGGCAGUGUCUCGGUUGAUAUGACGUCUGAUCCGGCCUCCAUGACAGCUACUGCCGCCGGCGCUGCUGCAAAUGGAGCGCAGGGCUUGGAUCCUUCGUCGACUAUAUCAAAAGUUGCCGACGAGGUUAACGAGACUGCUGAACUGGUCGGUGACUAUGUUGAAGACGAAGCUGCAGGAUGGAAGUCGAUGUACCAUUGGUUCUGGGACAAGGACCGGAUGAAGAGCUGA